GUGUGUGUGUGUGUGUUUGAGUGGAGAAGGAAUAUUGUAACGAUAAAACGGUUGCAGUUGUCCGAGUACCGUGCUCAAAACUGUUGUGUUUUAAAAAAAAAAAAAAAAAAAAAAAAAACUGUACUAUUAACACAAAAAGCGAGAAUGAGACGCGCCUGUGAAACGAAAGAGAUGGACAUCUGCAGCUCCUCCGCGUCUCUCCUGCAAGAGGAGCUCGCCUCCGCUAUCGAGCCCGCGGUGAAAGCGGCUGUGCUGAGCGUCAUGUCUGCCUUAGCAAAGUUCGUGGACAGCAAGUGCGCGGUUUUCCACCUCAGACUGGACGAGAGAGACCAUGAAUUUGAAAGCGUGAGAUUGCGCUUGGAGAUAGCGGAGAGCGAGUUGAAAGCAAUACGGGAAGGAGAAUGCAUGAACGCCGCCGGUAAGAUCUUUGCACACCCUCUCACGAAGUCCAAUGAAGGAUACUGCGGGAGCGACGUUGAUUUGCUUCAUCUACCCGAGCUGGAGCAGGGAAAGGAGUGGAGACGCACCGGGGAAGGUCCUGCAGAGAGAGAUGCUCUUCUUCACGCUGAGGAAGGGUCGAAGGCAGAAUCAGCUCCCAUUCAAGAGGAGCUCUUUGACCAGGAAUGGUGCAGGAGUCCAAAGCAGGCUACAGAGCUGACAUCUAUUGAAGGGAAGGUGGAGGAAGCUGGACUAGAUCCUGUCCACAUUAAAGAGGAGAUCCCUGAACUGGAUCCUGUCUGCAUUAAUGAAGAGAUCCCUGGAAUCGAGUCGGUCAUCUUUAAAGAGGAGGUCCUUGAACUUGAAUCUGACCCCGUUGAAGAGGGGGGUUCUGACACCUUUGAAAGACGGCAGCAGAUUCACGCUGGACAGAAACUGCAUUGCUGUACAGAAUGCAUGAGGAGUUUCAGUACGUUUGCAGAGCUGACAAGCCACCUGCGCAUUCACACAGAAAAAAAUCUGUAUUUUUGUUCAUUGUGUGGAAAGAGUUAUAGCAUGUUAAGUAACCUGUCGUUACACUUGCGUAUUCACACAGGAGAGACGCCCUUUCUGUGCACGGUCUGUGGGGCGACUUUUUCUAAAUUAAGUAACCUGACAAAACACACGCGAACUCACACCGGAGACAAGCUGCAUCAGUGCAGUGAAUGUGUCAAGAGUUUCAUUACAAAAAAGGAGCUGAAAAGACACCAGCGCAUCCACACUGGAGAACGACCGUACCGCUGCCCUGAAUGUGAGAAGAGCUUCAAACAUAUACACCACCUCACAACACACCAGCGCAUUCACACGGGAGAGAAGCCCUAUUCCUGUACGCUGUGUGGCAAGAGUUUCACGCAGCUGCAGCACCUCAAAACUCACCUGCGAAUCCAUACUGGAGAGAACCCGUACUGCUGUGGUCAAUGCGGCAAGAGUUUCACACAGUUACACCAUCUUAAAUCACACCACCGCACUCACUCAGGAAAGAAAUAGGACGGCAAAAAGAACCCCCGACCCCGAGCUCCUUUUAAAAAUGCACUUCUUGUGCGUUAUGGUAAAUGAGCAAUAGAUCACUGUAUUGCUAUUACCAGAACUGAUCAUUUUGCAAUUUAUAUGUAUUUUUUUUUUUUUAAAUGCUGUCUCAACCUUGACAUUCUGUGUGAUGCAAAACAUUUGUCCAGCGAUGUUCUGUGUGAGGAUUCACUGACCCAGUGCAGGUGUGUACAGGUGCACUAUUCUUUAAAGAAACCAAACAUCUUAAUUUAUUAAUUAUGUACAGAAAUGUAAGCAUGAAAGUAAAUAUGAAACCAAAACAGGAGGAGUGGCAAACACUGAUGCAGCAGCAAAGGUCAUUCAGAAUGAUCUAGACAAGAUUCAGAACU